UAAGCUAGUGCCACCGUUGUCUCCCUCCAGUCGCCAUCAUGAUCAUCUACCAGGGCCUCAUCAACCAUGAUGAGAUGUUCCCUGACAUGUACAAGAUCCGGGAGAUUGCGGAUAGGCUGUGUCUGGAGGUGGAGGGGAAGAUGGUCAGUAGGAGAGAGGGUAACAUUGAUGACUCGCUCAUUGGUGGAAAUGCCUCCUCUGAAGGCCCUGAGGGCAAAGGUACUGAAAGCACAGUAAUCACUGGUGUGGAUACUGUCAUGAACAAUCACGUGCAAGAAACCAGCUUCACAAAAGAAGCCUACAAGAACCACAUCAAGGAUUACGUGAAGUCAAUCAAAGGGAAGCUUGAAGAACAGAGACCAGAAAGAGUAAAACCUUUUAUGACAGGGACUGCAGAACAAAUCAAGCACAUCCUUGCUAAUUUCAAAAACUAUCAGUUCUUUAUUGGUGAAAACAUGAAUCCAGAUGGCAUGGUUGCUCUGCUGGACUACUGUGAGGAUUGUGUGAUACCAAAUAUGAUUUUCUUUAAGGAUGGUCUAGAAAUUGAAAAAUGUUAACAAAUUUGGCUGUUUGGGUCUAUCACCUGCUCGUCAUAACUGGCUGGCUGCUGCUUUUCAUCCACAUAAAACCAGGACUUAGACAAAUGGGACUGAUGUCAACCUGAGCUCUUCGUUUUGAUGUUGAUUGGUUUGGAGCGGAGCCACUGUUUUUGAGGAAAAUAAAAAAACAUGUCAUGUAGGUUGUCUAAAAAUAAAAUGAAAAGAAAAAGGAAUGUAAAGAAAUGAAGACAGCCUAAGAGACUUUUGGGACAAUAUUAAACACAACAACAUUCACAUUAUAAGGGUCCCAGAAGGAGAAGAGAGAAAGGACCCGAGAAAAUAUUUGAAGAGAUUAUAGUCGAAAACUUCCCUAACGUGGGAAAGGAAAUAGCCACCCAAGUCCAGAAAGCACAGAGAGUCCAAGGCAGGAUAAACCCAAGAAGAAACACGUCGAGACACAUAGUAAUCAAACUGACAAAAAAUAAAGACAAAGAAAAAUUAUUGAAAGCAACAAGGGAAAAACGACAAAUAACAUACAAGGGAACUCCCAUAAGGUUAACAGCUGAUUUCUCAUCAGAAACUCUACAAGCCAGAAGGGACUGGCACAAUAUAUUUAAAGUGAUGAAAGGGAAGAACCUACAACCAAGAUUACUCUACCUGGCAAGGAUCUCAUUCAGAUUUGAUGGAGAAAUCAAAAGCUUUACAGACAACGCAGGGAGGUGGGGUGGUGGUGUGAUGAAUUGGGCAAUUGGGAUUGACAGGUAUACACUGAUGUGUAUAAAAUUGAUGAUUAAUAAGAACCUGCUGUAUAAAAAAUAAAUAAAAUAAAAUUUAAAAAUUUUUAAAAAGAGAGCAGAUGAAAAGCCAAAACUGAUUAUUUUAUUCCUAGUGACAUUUUAUAUGUUAAAUAAUUAUUUUAUAAAUUUUUCAGUUGAUUAUAUUGGAUUUGAUAGGAAUAAAAAAAACAAAAAAGCUUUACAGACAAGCAAAAGCUAAGAGAAUGCAGCAUCACCAAACCAGCUCUACAACAAAUGCUAAAAGGACUUCUCUAAGUGGGAAACACAAGAGAAGAAAAGGACCUACAAAAACAAAUCCAUAACAAUUAAGAAAAUGGUCAUAGGAACAUACAUACUGAUAAUUACCUAAAACGUGAAUGGAUUAAAUGCUCCAACCAAAAGACACAGGCUUGCUGAAUGGAUACAAAGACAAGACCCAUAUAUAUGCUGUCUCCAAGAGACCCACUUCAGACCUAGGGACACAUACAGACUGUGAAGGGAUAGAAAAAGAUAUUCCAUGCAAAUGGAAAUCAAAAGAAAGAUAGAGUAGCAAUACUCAUAUUGAUAAAAUAGACUUUAAAAUAAAGAAUGUUACAAGAGACAAGGAAGGAUACUACAUAAUGAUCAAGAGAUCAAUCCAAGAAGAAGAUAUAACAAUUAUAAAUACAUAUGCACCCAACAUAGGAGCACCUCAAUACAUAAGGGAAAUGCUACCAGCUAUAAAAGAGGAAAUCAACAGUAACACAAUAAUAGUGGGGGACUUUAACACCUCACUUACACCAAUGGACAGAUGAUCGAGACAGAAAAUUAAUAAGGAAACACAAGCUUUAAAUGACACAUAGACCAGAUAGAUUUAAUUGAUAUUUAUAGGACCUUCCAUCUGAAAACAGCAGAUUACACUUUCUUCUCAAGUGCACAUGGAACAUUCUCCAGGAUAGAUCAUAUCUUGGGUCACGAAUCAAGCCUCCGUAAAUUUAAGAAAAUUGAAAUCAUAUCAAGCAUCUUUUCUGACCACAAUGCUAUGAGAUUAGAAAUAAAUUAUAGAGAAAAAACUGAAAAAACACAAACACAUGGAGGCUAAACAAUAUGUUACUAAAUAACCAAGAGAUCACUGAAGAAAUCAAAAAAUACCUCAAGGCAAAUGACAAUGAAAACAUGACUAUCCAAAACCUAUGGGAUGCAGCACAGGCAGUUCUAAGAGGGAAGUUUAUAACCAUACAAGCUCACCUCAAGAAACAAGAAAAAUCUCAAAUAAACAAUCUAACCUUACACCUAAAGCAACUAGAGGAAGAAGGACAAACAAAACCCAAAGUUAGUAGAAGGAAAUAAAUCAUAAAGAUCAGAGCAGAAAUAAAUGAAAUAGAAACAAAGAAAACAGUAGCAAAGAUCAAUAAAACUAAAAGCUGGUCCUUCGAGAAGAUAAACAAAAUUGAUAAACCUUUCGCCAGACUCAUCAAGAAAAAGAGGGAGAGGACUCAAAUCAAUAAAAUUAGAAAUGAAAAAGGAGAAGUUACAACAGACACUGCAGAAAAACAAAGCAUCCUAAGAGACUACUACAAGCAACUCUAUGCCAAAAAAAUGGACAACCUGAAAGAAAUGGACAAAUUCUUAGAAAGGUAUAAGCUUCCAAGACCGAACCAGGAAGACAGAAAAUAUGAACAGACCAAUGACAAGCAGUGAAAUUGAAACUGUGAUUUAAAAUCUUCCAACAAAGAAAAGUCCAGGGCCAGAUGGCUUCACAGGUGAAUUCUAUCAAACAUUUAGAGAAGAGCUAACACCCAUCCUUCUCAAACUCUUCCAAAAAAUGGUAGAGGAAGGAACACUCCCAAACUCAUUCUGUGAGGCCACCAUCACACUGAUACCAAAACCAGACAAAGAUACUACAAAAAAAGAAAAUUACAGACCAAUAUCACUGAAGAAUAUAGAUGCAAAAAUCCUCAACAAAAUACUAGCAGACAGAAUCCAACAACACAUCAAAAGGAUUAUACACCAUGAUCGAGUGGGAUUUAUCCCAGGGAUGCAAAGAUUCUUCAAUACAUGCAAAUCAAUCAAUGUGAUACACCAUAUUAACAAACUGAAGAAUAAAAACCAUAUGAUCAUCUCAAUACAUGCAGAAAAAACUUUUGACAAAAUUCAACACCCAUUUAUGAUAAAAUUUUUUCUCCAGAAAGUGGGCAUAGAGGGAACCUACCUCAACAUAAUUAAGGCCAUAUACAACAAACCCACAGCAAACAUUCUCAAUUGUAAAAAACUGGAAGCAUUUCCUCUAAGACCAGGAAAAAGACAAGAAGGUCCACUCUUGCCACUAUUAUUCAAUAUAGUUUUAGAAGUCCUAGCCACGGCUAUCAGAGAAGAAAAAGAAAUAAAAGGAACACAAAUUGGAAAACAAGAAGUAAAAUUAUCACUGUUUGUAGAUGACAUGAUGUUAUACAUGGAGAAUCCUAAAGAUGCCACCAGAAAACUACUAGAGCUAAUCAAUGAAUUUGGCAAAGUUGCAAGAUACAAAAUUAAUGUAUAGAAAUCUCUUGCAUUCCUAUACACUAACAACGAAAGAUUAGAAAGAGAAAUUAAGGAAACAAUCCCAUUCACCAUUGCAACAAAAAGAAUAAAAUACCUAGGAAUAAACCUACCUAAGGAGGUAAAAGACCUGUACUCAGAAAACUAUAAGACACUGAUGAAAGAAAUCAAAGAUGACACAAACAGAUGGAGAGAUAUACCAUGUUCUUGGAUUGGAAGAAUCAAUACUGUGAAAAUGACUAUACUACCCAAAGCAAUGUACAGAUUCAAUGGAAUCCCUAUCAAAUUACAAGUGGCAUUUUUUACAGAGCUGGAACAAAAAAUCUUAAAAUUUGUAUGGAGACACAAAAGACCCCAAAUAGCCAAAGCAGUCUUGAGGGAAAAAAACGGAGCUGGAGGAAUCAGACUCCCUGACUUCAGACUAUACUACAAAGCUACAGUAAUCAAGACAAUAUAGUACUGGCACAAAAACAGAAAUAUAGAUCAAUGGAACAGGAUAGAAAGCCCAGAGAUAAACCCACACACCUAUGGUCAACUAAUCUAUGACAAAUGAGGCAAGAGUAUACAAUGGAGAAAAGAGAGUCUCUUCAAUAAGUGGUGCUGGGAAA